GAUUCGCCCAGAAACGCAGCACGAUGCGGACUCUGAAACGGGGUCAAAAAAUACACCAUUAUCUGGAAAGUCGCUGAACAACCGCACCUCUGUGGGACCCCCAGAGUCGCCCCGGUGUGUCCGCUGCCCGUUUGGAUGUCUGAAAAGAAGAGAAAGAGGGAAUAUUUUUCACAGAGGAACCACUUUUUCCCAGGCUAGGCUACUCCUUUCGUUUUUUUCCCUGUGGGGAAAAGAAGCAGAGGAGGAGGAGGAGGAGGACGCCACCCGAGAGCUAACCGUAUUUCACCAGACUGAAUGAGGUGGGAUUACUGAAAGGAUGACUGCUUGAUUUAUUUCCCGGUUUCGACCCUUUCUACGGCUCUACCUCGCCUUUCCCCCCUCCGACCUCCCUCCGGACUCGCUAUGGUGGACUCGAGUGCGAUGAGGAAGACUUUCGUGGUCCCGGACAUAAAGCCUUUGGAUCAGUACGAUUUCAGCCGAGCCAGGAUCUGCUGCAGUGUGGGCUGGCUGCUGGCGAAAUCCUACGGCAAUGCAGAGAAUGUUCCGGUGGAGCUACGAGACCCCUUCUAUUGUGACCAGUACGAGCAGGAGCACCUGAAGCCGCCCGUGACCCGGCUGCUGCUGUCACCUGACCUCUACUGCCGCACUUACAGCCUGCUACUGGCCGGAGGCUCCGGGACUGAGGCGCCUCCCAGAGACUAUGCCGCCCUCCUGCAGAGCCUCAGCAAAAAGGGCCUGGCUCCAAAAGAUCAGAACAUCCCUGUGACUGAAGCUGACCUCAGCCACAAGCCCAUCAAAAUGACUGCCCACUUGGCUUUGAUAGAUGUGCUGAUGGCGGUGGGUGCCAUGGAGACGUUGAGCACGGUGCGGGCGAGUGGAGGAGCGGAUCUGAUCAAGGGAGAGGCUGACUGGGAGAGUGCCCUGCUGCACUGGGUCAACACGUUAAAUCAGAAGCUGAAGGAAAGGACAGAGAAUGACCAAACCCAGCCUAGCACUGAGCCACAGCCUGUUCAGCCCUCGUGUCCCACCCGCUGGUACUGGAAACUUGUUCCUCUCCGGUACAGGAAGGAUAAGAUGCUGUCUAAGCUCAAGCCAUGUUUUCCUGUGGUGAAGGAAGUGACUGAUCUCUCCAAUGGCUGUGCCAUAGCUGCUGUCAUACACUACUACUGCCCUGACCUGCUGCACCUAGAAGAUGUUUGCAUGAAGGAUUCAAUGUCUCUGGCUGAUAGUCUGUACAAUCUUCAGCUCAUUCGGGAGUUCUCCGACAGCUGUCUGAAGAGCUGCUGCCACCUAGUGUUAGAGGACAUGCUUUACAGCCCUCCAGAGUUACAGGUGAAUAUACUAAGCUUUCUGGCAGAGCUCCUGUAUUGGUUUGAGGUUUCGAAGCCUGAGUUUGUUCAGCCACUGCAGGCCCCAGAGCUAACUGAACCCUGUGGUAGGACUGAUGGUGGCAACAGUGGAACCAGCAACAGUAGCUCUCCCUCGAUCUUUAAAAAGCCCUUUCUGCCGAUCUCCUCCCCCGUCACCCCAGCUCCAGGCUCUUUGACUCAGUCUACCUCAAUGUCUCAUGUAGAAGCGGCUGGGCAAACAUGGACUAAGAAGCCUCCCAGUCGCUCCCUGUCCUCUGCAGUGUCCUUCAGCAUUCCCUUCGGUCUAGACAGCGAUGUGGACAUAGUGAUGGGCAACCCUGUGAUAACCCGCUCAGUUAGCUCUGAUAACCUAAAUCCCUUAGGACAGCCCAUGACACGUGUCCCAUACACUCCUCCAGAGGACCUCACUCACCUACUGAGCAAGCCUUCAGGCCCCAAUGGCCCACACCGUGCCUCCUGGGCCACCCAGAGCCCAAAGGUGCCCCUACUGGCUGAGGAGAAUGGCCUGGAUGAGGGCGAGACAGGUGAGUUGCCCACCAUUGAGGAGGCCCUGCAGAUCAUCCACAAUGAGGGCAAAAUGGAGCCCCGGCUGCAUCCAGAUGGGGCGCCUGACGGCUUCUACUUGCACUCACCGGAUGAUCCAUCCAACCGCAGACACAAUGGCGGCCCGGCGACCCUCAGUUGCUCUGCCCCUUCUAACUCAGGAAUGCAGCACCGGCCAUCUGGGGUCACACGUGAGCCUGGCCGUACCAGACACACAUCAGAGGGGUCAAGAGAUGACGACUCUGUGCUCAGAGAUGGGAGCGUGGAUUCAGACGCAUCUGAGGAGCUCCCCAAAAUGCAUUCUACGCCCGCAGCCCCUGCAGGAGGUGCAAGAAUUGUCCGCCCCCAGGGUGCUGAGACCCCAGACAGUGGAAUAAAAAUGACCAGCUUUGCUGAGCGCAAGAAGAAAGUAGUGCCAGAGCAGCCCACACCUAGCGAGGAAGCAGCCCCGCAGAUGACUACAUGGGCAGCAAAGAAGGCAGAAGAGAGCCCUGGCAAAAGCCCGACUCUCAGCAAUGAGAUGUCUGAGUUGGGCGCCAGGCUUGAGGAGAAGCGCAAGGCCAUUGAAGCACAGAAAAAACGCAUUGAGGCCAUCUUCGCCAAGCAUCGACAGAGGCUGGGCAAGAACGCCUUUUUGCAGCUCAAGAAGGAGGAAUCCGAAGAGGGAGGCCAGGGAGAGAUCGGUACCUCCUCUGCCGAGCUAGAUGAGAGAUUAGCACGCUUGGAGAGUGAGGAACGACAAGAUGAGGAGGAGGAGCAGAAGAAACAGCGCUCUCUAUUGGAGGAUGAGGGUAAUGCCUCAAAGCAAGCCUCCAUACAGCAAGCCCCUAAAGAAAAGCCAGUGGCAGGUACACUGGGAGAAAAGAGCACAGUCCCUCUGGGUGACUACAACAAUGCUGUAUCAAAGCUGAACGCGGCUCUCAGCUCACUGCAGAGCGAUAUGCAACGGCUAUCCGAGCAGCAAAGUCAGCUGAUGAAGAAGAAGGGCCAACCCUCCAACCAAGCCUGGGUAAUCCCACCCAGCACAAAAACAUCUACUCCAGCACCUCCACGAAUAUCCAGAGAGUCAACCCGUGAAAUGCCCCCCACCUCUGCCUCCUCAUCCCCCUCCCCAUCCCGCCGGAUCACUGCUCAGGCCAUGCCCCCUAAGUCACCUGGCUCCCACCGCCGGGCGCAGUCUGCACCCCCCAAAAGCCCCAAACACCACCAACCCCACUCACGGUCAUCAGACCUUAAGACACCCACACUCACUCGAGUUAUCACGGCCCCUCAAAGUGUGGACAGCAUCCCUCACCGGCGCAGGUUGUCCCCAUGGCAGUACCGCGACCAGACCUCGUCCUCCUUUAGCAUUGGCUCGCCAGCAAGCCAGAGUGAAUCGCGACCAGCUUCUCAGCUAUUUCGACCAGAGGAUGACAACCAUUCAGAGGCUGGUUCUAGCGAAGACCGCACUAUCUUCAGCCUGGACCUGGAAGGAGGCUCCACUGGUCAACCCAUGACAAGGAAAGAGUACCUGUCUGGUGGCGGCAGCUCUGGAGCACCGUCCGAAUGCUCCUUUGAAAGCGAUGUCCAGCCACCUUCCAUUAGUGGCAAGCGCGGCAGUCUAAUAGAAAUCUCACUGUCUUCACUGAGAGGGCUGGAGGGAGAGGAUACUGACCAUGGUCCUGAUGCAAUUUCCGACUCUAUGAGUGACCUGACGGAUCCAGAGAUGAGGCCAGGAGUUGGAUUCUUCUUUAAGGACGAGGCUCGGCCAGAAGACGAGAUGGCUCAGAGGAGAGCUGCAUUGCUGGAGAAGCAGCAAAAGAGAGCUGAGGAACUAAAGAGAAAGAGACAGGAGCAGGAGAGAGAGAGGGAAGCAAGCCGAAGUGGCUCUGUGGAUGAAUUGCGGACAGCUGACAGAGUGGACCAACCCCAGACACCUUGCACCCCGCCCCCAGCACGCACCCCUCCGCCUGAGGGUACCCCACAACGGCGUGGAGACUUCACUAGGCAGGAGUAUGAACGCCGUCAGCAGCUCAAAAUCAUGGAGGACCUGGACAAAGUACUGCGGCAGAAACCUACCACUGUCCGAGGAGUCAAGAAACAGCGGCCCAAAACGGUGUUUCAUGAUGACUCUGCCCUCUCCCGCAGCCCAGCUAAAGGAUUUAUGGGUUCUAAGCUGAAUAGGGUGUACUCUCAUUCCACCAACAACCUUUCCUCCAUGGCAAAUGAUGGGACACUUACCGUCAGGAAAUCUCCAAGUCGCUCUCAUUCUCCAUCGAGGCUGAUGUCUCCCGGCCGGCAGGCCAUGCAUAAUGGUGAGAGGGACUGGGAAGUUGCGUCCACCAUUUCGUCCCCUGCCUCCAUUCCAGAGUACACUGGACCCAAACUGUAUAAGGAGCCAAGCUUCAAGUCCAACAAGUUCAUCAUUCAUAACGCCAUCUCCCGCUGCUGUUUGGCAGGCAAGGUUAAUGAACCGCAGAAAAACAAGAUUAUAGAGGAAAUGGAGAAGAGUACCGCCAAUCACUUCCUCAUCCUUUUCCGGGACACGAGCUGCCAGUUCCGUGCAGUUUACACCAUGAACCCAGAGACGGAAGAGCUGGUGCGUCUGACUGGAAUCGGCCCACGGAUUAUCAGCCCCUCCGUGAUUGAGUCCAUCUACAAGUACAGUUCUGACCGCAAACAAUUUACCGCAAUCCCGUCCAAAACCAUGUCGAUGAGCGUGGACGCCUUCACCAUCCCUGGCCACCUGUGGCAGAGCAAGCGUCCAGGGACACCUAAGAAGCUUGGAACCCCCAAAUGAAAGCAAUGGGACUCGCCUGAUCUGGCCAGUGAUACCCAAAUUUUCUAUCCCCCUUACCCCCUGCAGUUCAGCACUGGAGCAGAGUCGGAGCUGGCUGUGCACCACUUCUAAGAGGAGCAUUAAAUUGUGUGGUCUAAAAUCUCACAAUCUGUGGUCCCUCAGAUUCAACAGUGCUCCAGCUGAACGCAUCCAUCUGCAUCUGUUCAGAUGGACAGAUGGAGAGGAAAAAAAUGCCAUAGCCAUUUUCAACAUUACAAGACAACACCUUUUUGGUGCUGUGGCCAACUGGAAUUGUAUAAAACACCUUAUGUUUGGCAAUUAAUCACUAAAACUGUAGAUGAAGUGACUUUGCCCAUUUCAGCCCUACCUUUUCCAACCUGACCCCAUUCAGUCAUCUUGAAUGUGACCCUCUGGCUAUUUAGAAUGGGAUGACAAACAGGCGCUACUUUAAGGACGUCAUUAAGCCGAAGCUUAGUCUCUGUUUUCAAUCUUCCUCUUCCUACUUCCCAGUCCUUCCUUUUUUUAUAUACAUUACAUUAAUCCUUUAUCUCUCUCUUCUCAUUUUUCUUCCUGUCUGGCCCUUCCUGUCCAGGGCACUGGAUGAACUCAUCUUGGAAUAUCACAGCUGAAUCCAGACUGUCAUUGCCCCUUAAUGAAUGUAGGGCACAAGCCAGCCAAGGGCUUCCCACUGUCUUUUGUCAAUGGCCAGUCAGUCCAGGGGGCUGGAGAUUUGAAAUCUUCCACUGGGGAGAAGAGGGCCAUGGUUAUUCAUGCUACUGUGCCUAAUUGUCCAAUAAGAGUGAAGGCUCAUGCUGCAACGUGUUGAGUGCCUCUAGCUUGCACACUGCAGCCCUGUCCUCUGCCUAGCCCUUACUUAGUUAGCUGUAGACAUCUGGAUGUUUUUUAAUACUACUUUUGACAUAUUUAUCCGAGUAACAGCGCUAGCCUUCGGGCCUCAGGUGAGCUGGGUUAAAACUCAUCCCAUGUAGGUUUUCCACUAUGUGCUUCAUGUCUUUGAGUUCAUUAAGAAUGAAUGAAGAAAAAAAUGAAGUCACUGAUUCUUUCUCUCUUCAUCUGUAACUGGAAAAAAAUUUGGAGGGGAAAAAAAAGAUGAUCAUUUAAUGUAUAUCAUGAAUGCUGUUAAUGAUUCUUUUCAUUUUUGACAAUGAUUUGUAUAUGACGAAGAGAGGCUUUGUAAAGGUAUGAAUAAGCUGCCCUGUGGCUUCAGCACUAGGAGCUGCACGCUUGUGCGGGUGUGGGUAUGUAUGUGAGCAUGAAAGAGGAAGAGAGUGAGACGCAAGGGAGAGAGAAAAUGAAUAAAGAUCACAUCUACAGAAACGUGAUUUAAAUUCCUCUUAUUUCAGGUUAAAUCGCCCUGUCUGCUGAAUCUACACUGAUCACAUGCACCAACAUGCUGUAGCAUGCAAGUAAGCCUGCAGUACAUUUUACAGGAAAUAUUCCGGUGUUUUUCAGCUUAAUGUUUAUCUGCUGCACCUGUAGCUUACGGUUUAUUACCAUGGAGUGUAAUUUCAACAUGUUUAUUUGGUAUUUGUACUUGGAAAUGAACUGAAAGUGUUAACUUGCAAUAUAUCUGUAGUAGUGACCACUGGGCAGCUGCUGAACUUUUUGUCCUUUAUGCAUUUUCCCCUGAAUGACACUGGAUUCUCUGAAUUAUGAGCUUGUUUAGAAGUCAGAAUUUGAAUAAUGCUACAUACAUAUACUACAAGCAAGCUCAAACUAAUUGAGUUAGUUGAAAUGAUGUAUGAAAGUAAAUCUACUGUUAAUUUUCGAUAAAAAACAAAACCGGCUAUUCAAACUGCACACUGUUACUGCCAAAGCAACUCAUGUAUUUAACAAAGCUUGCUCAAUGGGGACUUUUACCCCUUUAAGUUCAAGUCGCAAUCUGUGAUUGUUUCUCUCUUCAGCUGUAACUGGAAAAAAAAUUGGAGGAGGGAAAAAAGAAUUAUGUAAUGAUUUUCAUUUUUGAAUGUAGUUUGUAUAUGGUGAAGAGCGACUUUGUGCAUUGUAAUUUACUGCACAGAAAUGUUGUAUAUUCAUAUUUUGUCACCUUAGUGACCUUGUAAUUCAAAAGAACCAGUGACUUUGGGAGGAAAAGUGUCCAUCAAUGUAACAUCCAUCACUCUUCCCGUUGAGAAAAGCAGCCAAGACCUGGAGGUCACAAUAUGGGCAUAACUCCCAUUACAGAAUGACAUCACUAAGCUAGUAACACAACACAAAUCUAGUUUAAUCUCUGAGAGUGAAUUAUACAGAUAUACAAUUUUACAGUUUAACUUACUCUUCCCAAAUGUUUAUAAACAUCUACUGACAGAAUUCAGCUAUGGCCCGUUGACUUCUAUUUUAGGUGAAUCCUAAAUCAGUGGUCUUUGUAGUUCUUGUCCAAGUACAGGGGAAGUUGCUUUUCAUGGUAAUUGAUGGUGUGGCUACAGGUGCAGCAGACGGAGUUUAAAUUGAAAAAAAUCUCCCUUUAAGUUGUUGUUAAUUGGGAAUUAGUUUCAUGUGUAUCAGCCUUCUUCAUUUCAGGCAUGAUGCAACGGCCCUGUCGCUCUUUACGCAAGGGGCUUUUGAGCUGUACAUACUUACAAACCUUUGUUAAGCACUGGAACAAUUGAUUCAGCCAGAAUGCUUUCUACUGGCCCUAAGAAUGAAAAGAAUGAACUGCCUCCUGCUAAUAAAGAGGCCAUUUGCUUAUCUGAAGUGAAGAUGUGAAUAUUUUUAUAUAAAUGCAAUCAUUGUUUUGUGGAGUGGUUGAAUAAGUUUCUAUGUCUAGUGAAUGGGCAAUUAUGUGUGAGCUGCGUGUCUGUGUCUUGUCUUGGUCCAAUGAGAGAUCAUAGUGGUGAAAGUGAUCAUAGUGAUGAAACUGGAGUCUGUGCAAUCCUCCUGUAGAAUGUUAUGUCAGUUAUGGUUUAUUUAUUGGUUAAGGACUAGCUGGAAUUACUAUUAUCUUCUUUGAUGUUUAGUUUCAGAUUUUUAUUAUUUAUGUUCUGGUGAGGUGGUGAUUCACACAUUCAUUUCAUACUUUAAAAGGCACAUUGAACGUACUGGCCAUUUUCUUUUUUGUCUUUGUCACCAUGUUCAUAUCAGUAGUCUUUCUUUCUUCCCUGAUUGUUCGUAUUUGCAGAUCUGUCAGUCUGAGUGACUGAUCUGAGGAAUAAAAUCAUUUUUAAAUCA